AUGUCAGAUAAUUUCUUUAUUAAGAAUAAGACGGCAAUUAUUGUGACGGCAUUGGCUGUUACUUCCGCUGUGGGUGCUUUUUACUAUUACAAUCAGCAGCAGCAACAACAACAGGGUCAACAGGGUAAACAGGGUAAACAGCAAAAGCAAGGGGGCUCUCAGCUGACAGCAUCGUCCAAAGGGGCAAAGAAAUCGGAGGAUUUUGUUGAACCAAGCUCAAGCUCAAGCUCAAGCUCGAAGAACAAGAAGAAGAAGAGAAAAAAUAAGGCAUCAUCUAUAAGUCCCGAGCCGGAACUUGUUGCUGAUGAGCAAUCGAUCAAUUAUCCCGUAGACUCGAAGGGGUUGCCCAAAUUGACGCAGGAAACUAUAGACAAGUUGUCUGAGUCAGAGAAGGAGAAUUGGGCCAAGCAAUUGAAAGAAGACGGUAAUAAGGAGUUCAAAAACAAGGAGUACAGCAGAGCUAUUGCUUUUUAUUCCGCUGCUUUGCAAGUCAAGAAGGAUCCAAUUUACUAUUCUAAUAGAUCUGCGUGUUACGCUGCAUUAGAUGACCAUGAGAAUGUGAUUAAGGAUACGACUGAAGCUAUUAAAUUAAAGAAUGAUUACACAAAAUGUAUUUUGAGAAGAGCUACUAGCUAUGAACAAUUGGAAAAAUACGAAGAUGCAAUGUUUGACUUGACUGCAUUGACUAUUUAUGGCGGGUUUUCAAAUAAAUCAGUUGAGCAAGUCUUGGAAAGAGUUUUGCGAAAACAUUCAAUCCGCAUUGUUGAUGCAAAAGAAAAGAAAUUGGUUUUGCCUUCUGCUGCUACUAUUGGAUCCUUUUUUGGUGCUUUUGCUGAUGAAACCGGUUUGGAGAAUAUAAAAGAAUCAAGCCAAGUUGGAGAAAAGUUUUUGUAUGACGCUUUAGUCAAGAUUCAAGGUAACACUAGAGAUGGGUACGAGGAAGCUGAUACUUUGAUUAAUCAAGCAGUAGCUGCACUUUCCCAAGACGAUACCAAAAAGGAUUCAUUGGCAAUAGCCUUGGAGUACUCUGCGGCUUUCCAUUUUUUGAAAAACGAUUCAGCAACAGCCACCGAAUUGAUUAAUAAGGCUAUAGCUCUUAAACCCAGACCAAGAGCUUAUGUAUUUAGAGCAUUGAUCAAUGCUGAUAAAUCGUCAUAUGAAGAAGCUUUGAGGGAUUUCAAAUUGGCCGAAGAUUUAGAUGCAACCUCGCCCGACAUUUUUUACCAUUUGGGUCAGUUAUACUAUUUGACUGGCGAUUUGCCCAAUGCCGAAGUCAAUUUCCAAAAGGCGAAAAAGUUGCACCCCGACAAUGUUUACGCUUAUAUUCAAUUGGCAUGCAUUGCAUACAAGAAUGGCAAAGCAGAAGAGGCAUAUGAAAAGUUCACUGAAGCUAAAUUGAAAUUCCCUAUUAGUCCUGAAAUACCCAACUACUAUGGAGAAAUCUUGGCUGAUAAUGGCAAUAUUGAGGGUGCAUUAAAGCAAUUUGAAAUAUCGGCAAGGUUACAGGAAAAGUUGGACAGGUUUAGUGUUGGGGCUUUACCGUUGAUCAACCAAGCAACGGUAAUAUCGAGAGAAAGUUUGGAGAAAAUACCUGAAGCAGAAGAACUAUUGAUCAAAGCUUGUGAAUUAGAUCCCAAAUCUGAGUUAGCAAGAAUAUCAUUGGCCCAAAUAAAAUUACAAAAGGAAGAAGUAGAUGAAGCAAUUGAGUUAUUUGAAGAAAGCUGUGAUUUGGCCAGAUCUAUCGAGGAGAAAAUACAGGCUAUAUCAUUUGCAGAGGCUAGUAAGAUGCAAAAGAGGAUUAAAAGUGAUCCUGUUUUAACUGCAAAGAUUAAUGAGUUGAUGAGACAAAGCGAUUCUCUUCAAUUACAGCUUGAUCUUACUUAUGUUACACCGCAAUUGAUUGUUUCUUCUGGGCCAACGACAACUUAUAUUGAGUCGUGGUAUCGGUAUCCCUUGUCUGAUUUGCUUCAGUAUCUCAAUUACAAGCAUCCAGAACAUUGGCAUUUGUACAAUUUUCGUGGUGAGGAUUCUGGAUACUUGAACCUGGAUGUUGAUUUCCAUGUGAGCCAUUUCCCCUUCCCUGACCAUUAUCCUCCCACUUUGGAUAUUAUCUGGGAUGCCACCAACGAUAUUGAUGAUUUUGUUCUGGCUAGUGAAGAAAAUGUCGCUGUUUUGCAUUGCAAGGCAGGUAAAGGUCGACUGGGUACUAUAUGUUGUGCCUACUUGAUGUUGCUCGGUUUUAGAAAUGGCGAAUUGGUGAAUGUUGAUGAUAUUAUUGAGUUGUACACCAGUAAGAGGAUGCGAGCGUUUGGCGGACUAGGUGUGAGUAUUUUGAGUCAGCAAAGGUAUUUAAUCUAUUGGGGGGAAUUUCUUGAAAAUGAGUCAACUAGGGUCAAGUAUAGCAAUUGGAAGAAGAAGAAGAGCAUGAGCAGCAGCAGCAGCAGUAGUUUAAUUGACAAGAUUGUGUUUCGCAAAUGCUAUAGGGAUAAUUUUGAUGUAUACGUGUCGAAUUACGUGGUGGUGCAGGAACAGAGCAGAAGAAAUACCAUUGUUGAGCAAGUUUUCGCUUCAAAUACAUUUUACGAGUUCCAAUUUGUUCAAGUUGGCGAAGAGGACAUCGAGUAUCGAUUUCAGAAUCCAAUUGAGGUCAAAGAAGACGUGAUGAUUGAGAUGGGGAGGUUUUGCUACCUCUGGUUUAACAUUUAUUUUGAGCUAGCAAAAAACACCGCUUGUAAAGAGAAGCGGUGUAUUACCUUCAAAUGGAAAGAUGUUGAUGGUUUCAAAGGUACGCGACAAAAGGGUAAGAAAUUAUUUGAAAGUAUUGAACUAUACCUAAUAGAUUAA